AUGUAUUCUGAUGAAAUCUUGCAAAAGCCAAAAACACUUAAAAAAGUAAAACGCUUAAAACACAAAUCCGCAAGACAUCAAGAAAAAAAUCUGGACGCUUUUUAUUUGAUAAAUGAGAAUGUUCGUACAGCACGAGAAAUUAGUUCAACCAUCUGUUCUUCUUUACCUUCGGAUCAUGAUAUUAAUAUGAAAGAUAAUGUUGGAUAUACUAAAUAUCAUGAUACAUCUGCACAGCAAGAUAAUAAUAAUGAUAAUAAUAGUAAUAAUAUUGAAUUAUUAAAUUCAAUACAGCGGAGUUCCCCAUCACCUUUUAUCGAAUGUACACUGAUCACAACACCUCCUACGGAAGAGGUAUUUCAGCAUGAUGGAAACACGGACGUACAAAUAACGACAGGGGUUACAGAGACAGCUGCUACUGUUAUGACAAGAAUAGUUUGUAGUGAACACUCUGAAACCACUUCUCUUUUAAUAUUAUCGACAGAUUCAUUAUCGUUAACAGGUAUUGAGUUACAAAAUGAU